UUCAAUCACUGAUCGGCCGUAUCAGUAGCGUCACGAUCAGCGGAAUCGAAACAAACGGACGACGACGCCAACGCCGUCGUUAUUCGAUCGAUAGUAGCCGAACUGUGCUGCACUCGAGUGGACAUGGACGUUUUUCGAGUUGCCGGUGGAUUGUUGUUGGGAGUGUUUGUUCUGGGAAUAAGCUCUGCUGACCGGAAACAGUUCAGUUGUGAAGAAACGAGUCGGUUUAAAGUCACCAAUAUCUGCGUCAUCAAUGGGGUGAAACUUUCCGAGAAUUCUGUUCUGCCUGAUGGUGAUUUUCCGGAUGUCGCCUUCCUGGAGCUACGCAACCCCGAAAUUCUCGAUUUCGAAGUUCAGUUGUUCGAAAAGACCUCAACAAACACUACGGAACUAACUCUUCGUCGGGGGCAAGUUCGUUCGAUCAACUUCUGGUCUCCAUCGCUGAAAGUUCUACGGAUUGUUGAGACAGGUCUUUCUUCGUUCGAGGUCCUCGGAGAACCCAACAAUGUUCUACGGCAGCUGGUCAUCCGAUCCCGGGACUACUCAAACUGGUCCGUUGGAAUGUUUUGGCUCAGCGCACUCGAGAUUAUAGACAUUGCGUACUGCAACUUCACCUACAUCAACCUGGAUUGGUUCGGGGGCUUCCAGAAACUGAAGGUGCUUGAUGUGUCCAAAAAUCACAUCCAUUCGCUGCAAAGUGGACCGUUUCUCACAUUGAACUCCCUCGAAGAACUCUACGUGUGGGGUAAUCGCCUAGAAUACAUUUGGCGCUUUCCGGACGUUUUCCCGAAACUGGAACGGAUUGGUCUGUCCGAAAACCGGUGGCUUUGCGAUUGGGUAUCGCUGGCUCGAGAAUCUUUGAUGGUACUAAACAUUAUCUCAAUGGGAUCGGAUUACAAUUGCAAGCCUGGUUGGGCCUUGAAUGGGGGACUGUGCUGUCGAAGAACCGGGGAGUGGAAACUGUCUGGCGACGGUUCAAAUGAGAACAGAGUGCAUGUGGAUUUAUAUAUUACGGAAACCGGCAACAGCAGCCGGAAUGAUUCGGUCGUUGGUGCUAAAAUGGGUGAUAUGGUGAUAUUUCUGGACAAACCUGUGAAUGCUACUACUUAAACCGUAGUUUUCUAGUUUAAAAAUGUGACAAAGCUUAAGCUUUUAUUGUUAUAUUUUGUUGAAUAAAAU